AUGGCAGCACAAUCAAUAAUCCAGCUGGGGGCUGGUGGUAUUUUGAGAGAUAAAAGUGGUAGGUUGGUGAUGACAUUCACAACACCACUUGGAGAGGGGACAAACAACAAGGCUGAAUUAGAGGCAGCCAUCCUUGGAUUGACUUGGGCACUCGAACUUGGAUACAGGAAUAUAAUAUUGGAACUUGACUCCCAAUUGGUUGUGCAUUGGAUCUUAAAGAAGGUUGCCCCUCAAUGGAGCAUUAUCACACAGCUGGGAAGGUUACAGAACCUCAUUUCUCAAACCCAGAAUUUCAAGUGCCUACAUGUAUUCAGGGAAGCUAAUUGGGUGGCUGAUGCACUUUCAAAACACAGUCACAAGACAACCACUCCACAGGUUUACUUCAACAUCCAACACACGCCUAAGAAAGCAAGGCCAUACUAUCACCUUGACUUGUUGCAGAUGCCUAGCUUUAGAAGGAACAAGACCAAAAGAAUUAAGGAACCUCCUUGA